AGAGGAACAUCUAAGAAAACAGGAGUAAAAGCAAUGAGACGCUCCAAAUUGAAGCUCCACUGUGAGGAACCCUCUGAGAGGCGGUUCUGCUGCUCCAUCUGUGACAAGAGCUUCACUAUAGAGUUCAGUCUCCUCAAACACAUGAAGCUCCAUUCUGGAGAGAAACCGUUCCACUGCAGUCACUGUGGCAAAACCUUCACCCAGUUAUUCAACCUGAUGUCUCACCUGAGGACACACACUGGAGAAAAGCCUUUCCUGUGUAGCCAGUGUGGAAAAAGUUUCUCUUAUGUCUCCAAUCUAAAAACUCACCUGAGAAUUCACACUGGAGAAAAACCUUUCCUGUGUAGCCAGUGUGGAAAAAGUUUCUCUCAAGCCUCCACGCUCAAUAAGCACCAGAGAAUACACACUGGAGAGAAACCCUACGCCUGUCAGACCUGCAAGAAAUGCUUCUCAAACUCCUCCUCACUCAAUAAGCACCAGAGAAUACACACUGGAGAGAAACCCUACGCCUGUCAGACCUGCGAGAAACGCUUCUCAGACUCCUCCAUGCUCAAUAAGCACCAGAGAAUACACACUGGAGAGAAACCCUACGCCUGUCAGACCUGCGAGAAACGCUUCUCAGACUCCUCCACGCUCAAUAAGCACCAGAGAACACACACUGGAGAGAAACCCUACGCCUGUCAGACCUGCGAGAAACGCUUCUCAGACUCAUCCACGCUCAAUACGCACCAGAGAACACACACUGGAGAGAAACCCUACGCCUGUCAGACCUGCGAGAAACGCUUCUCAGUCUCCUCCACGCUCAAUAAGCACCAGAGAACACACACUGGAGAGAAACCCUACGCCUGUCAGACCUGCGAGAAACGCUUCUCAGUCUCCUCCACGCUCAAUAAGCACCAGAGAACACACACUGGAGAGAAACCCUACGCCUGUCAGACCUGCGAGAAACGCUUCUCAGUCUCCUCCACGCUCAAUAAGCACCAGAGAACACACACUGGAGAGAAACCCUACGCCUGUCAGACCUGCGAGAAACGCUUCUCAGUCUCCUCCACGCUCAAUAAGCACCAGAGAACACACACUGGAGAGAAACCCUACGCCUGUCAGACCUGUGAGAAACGCUUCUCAGACUCCUCCACACUUAAUAAGCACCAGAGAACACACACUGGAGAGAAACCGUACCAAUGUAUGACGUGUGGGAAGAGUUUUGGACAGUCGGCUCACCUCAUGAAGCAUCACUGCUCACAUAAUCGCAAAUCCUUUAAACGUUCUUCAGAUCCAGAUCUGGAAUAUAGACAUUAA